UCCACUGGGUUUUUUUUAUUGAUCUCGUGACAUUAUUUGUAAAAAUCUAAGUAACACAUAGUUAAAAAAAACCCAUCAUAUUAAAAAGUUCAUUCUUAACUAAAUUUGAUAAAAACUUUUAAUUUAACAAUAUGGCAAGCCAAAGUCAAGGUAUUCAGCAAUUGCUUGCUGCAGAAAAACGCGCUGCUGAAAAGGUGGCAGAAGCACGAAAAAGAAAGCAACGUCGACUCAAGCAAGCUAAGGAGGAAGCACAUGAAGAGAUUGAAAAGUACCAAAAAGAAAGGGAAAAACAAUUUAAAGAGUUUGAGGCAAAGUAUAUGGGAUCACGUGAAGGUGUUGCAGCCAAAAUAGAGGCCGACACUCAAUUGAGAAUUCAAGAAAUGAAUCGCUCGAUUCAAGGCAAUCGUGAGCAAUUAAUUAAGGAAAUAUUAAACUUGGUUUAUGAUAUUAAGCCAGAAUUGCAUAAAAAUUUCCAAGUUAAGGCCAAUUAAAAUUUAAAUACUGUAAUCCAAGUUAUGUAUAACAAGAUACAAUAGAGUUGAAUUUUGAAUCAAUUUAAAACAUAUAAUAACUAUUUUAAAAAGCUGUUGGGAUGUAUGUAUAUGUAUAAAAUAAACAUUAAUCUUUUUUUGUUAAAAGUAA